AUAGAAAUCACUGGUUUCCUGUCACCUGUAAACUUUUUCUGACAGGACAACUAGCUCCUUGUGAAAAUAAAUUAACAGUGGGAGUUAUUAUGAAGUUGGGUACGCUAGUAGUUCAACAGUUAGACGAAGAGGCUCCACUGGUCCAGGCAUGUUUCCAUGGAGACCCUGAUGAAGUCCGUGCCCUGUUGUAUAAGAAAGAAGAUGUGAACUAUCAGGACAUAGAAAAGAGGAGCCCACUACAUGCAGCGGCGUAUUGUGGAGAAGCUGAAAUCGCCGACUUGUUAAUUCUUAGUGGCGCUCGAGUUAACACAAAAGAUAACAAAUGGUUAACUCCCCUUCACCGAGCCUGUUGUGCAAAAAGUGAUGAAACGGUUGAAACACUUCUCCGCCAUCAAGCUGACGUGAAUGCUCGGGACAAAAACUGGCAAACACCGCUGCAUGUGGCUGCAGCCAACAAUGCAGUGCUGUGUGCCGAUUACAUCAUUCCACUGCUGACCAACGUGAACGUGUCAGACCGAGCGGGGAGAACAAGUCUUCACCAUGCAGCCUUUAACGGACACAAGGAGGUUGUACAGCUCCUUUUGGACAAAGGUGCGACAAUCAAUGCAUUUGACAAGAAGGAGCGUCGAGCAAUCCACUGGGCUGCAUACAUGGGCCAUGUGGAUGUGGUUCGUAUACUGCUCGACCAUGGGGCCGAGCUCAACUGCAGAGAUAAGAAGAUGUACACACCGCUUCAUGCAGCAGGCGCCUCUGGACAGAUCAGUGUUGUCAAUCUGCUGUUGGAGCUGGGAGGGGAGGUCGAUGCUGUAAAUAUCUUUGGUAAUACGUGUCUACACGUGUCGUGUCUGAAUGGGCAGGAUGUUGUGGUGGCCAGGUUGCUCAAGUACGGUGCUUCUGUGAAUGCUGUCAAUCAGAAAGGAAUGACUCCACUUCACUAUGCAGCAGCCUCAACUCAUGGUGGAAUUUGCCUCGAGAUAUUGAUGUCAGGGGGAGCCAACCCAAGAGCACAAAGCGAGGAUGGUCGUACGCCGUUACACUUGACAGCCCUGCAUGGUAGAUUUACUCGGGCUCAGACUCUCUUAGAGCAUGGUGCUGAAGUGAAUGCCUGUGAUAAAGCUGGCAACACCGCACUUCACAUAGCCGCUCGACAUGGCCAUGAGCUACUUAUUAGCACGCUUCUAGAUAACGGAGCAGAUGCCAUGAGACGAGGCUGCAGUGGCAUGUUGCCCAUUCAUGUAGCGGCCUUGAAUGGCUUUGUCGACUGUGUGCGGAAGUUGAGAGCGGCAAUGCCAGUCACUGAUAUAAACAUUCCAGAUGAUGCAGGCAGGACCUGUCUACAUGGGGCAGCCUGCAGUGGGAAAGUUGAAUGUAUCGAGUAUUUGCUGACGGAAGGUGGUAAUCUCGCACAUCUUGAUUUGGAAGAAAGAACACCAUUACACUAUGCAGCAGCCAGUGUCCAUCAGCAGUGUGUGCUCAUCCUCCUAGUGGCUGGCAGUGUGGUCAACAUCACCGACAGGCAUGGAUGCACGCCACUGCACUAUGCCGCGGCCAGUGACAUCGAUGCAAAAGUUAUUGAACACUUACUGCGAAAUGAUGCCAAGCCAGGAAUCCGAGACAAUGAUGGGUAUAAUUCUGUGCAUUAUGCUGCAUUGAGGGGCCACAAACUUUCUUUGGAAAUGCUUCUGGAUGCAGCAGCAAUAGAUUUAUUAAGAGGUGGAGCGCCAUAUUCACCAGGUCAUCUUUCUGCUUAUAACGGGCAUAACGAAGCUAUGCAAGUAUUACUGGGUUACAUGAUGAAUCUUGACGUCACUGAUAUUCAUGGUCGGACAAUGCUUGAUUUAGCAUGUUUCCAAGGCAGAACAGAUUGUGUGGAGACACUGCUCAUUCAAGGAGCUAAGAUUUUAGUUCAUGACAACCGAACGGGCCGGACUCCGCUCCAUUCAGCAGCAAUGAAUGGCCACACCAAGAGCCUACAUCUUUUAUUGGAAACAGCGGAUGACAGCAACAUUGUUGACUGCACGGAUGCUCAAGAUAGGACUCCGCUGAUGAUGUCUGUUGCUAAUGGUCAUCUGGAUUGCUCAAUCUACCUCAUUCGUAACGGUGCCAUUGUGAAUGCUACAGAUGUCAAUAGCCGUUCAGCACUUCAUCGAGGGGCGGCCAAUGGGCACGAGGAGUGUGUGGAUGCAUUACUUCAGCACGGCAGUGACAUGUCGUUACGUGACUGCCGGGGACGCAAUGCCAUUCACAUGGCUGCUAUAUGUGGGCAUGCCGGGCUGCUGGGCUCACUCUUGCUUAUGGGUCCAAUACACAAUCAAGAAGACAACAAAGGAUACUCACCCUUGCAUUACAGUUGUUACAACGGUCAUGAUGGCUGUGUUGAAUUAUUUUUUGAACAUGACCAGUAUAAAAGAUUAACAGGAAACCUCUUUUCGCCUUUACAUUGUUCUGUGAUAAAUGGAAAUGAUCCAUGCACCGAGUUACUGGUAGACUGUCUUAGUGAUGAUAUAGUGAAUCUUCAGGACUCCAAGGGAAGAACACCCCUCCAUGCAGCGGCGUACACUGACCAAGGAGAAUCUAUGCAAAUUUUAUUAAAUCAUAAAGCUGACAUUAAUAUAUUAGACUUUUCUGGUAGGACGCCAAUAAUGUAUGCAGCCGCCAAUGGCAACAUUGGAGCUGUGGGACUCCUCCUUGAUAGCGGUGCCGAUUUGACCGUAACUGAUGAAGAUAAAAAUACAGCAUUACACCAUGCUUGCUUCCAUCAUCGAGAAGAUGUGUCCCUUCUUCUGUUGGAUAAAAUACACGAUUCAACGACAAUCAACAUAGCUAAUUCUGAAUUAAAAACACCUCUUCACAUGGCAGCUAAAUAUGGACUGGUUCCAGUGGUACAGGAUCUUAUAUCUAAAGGUGCUAGCCUCGUUGCCUUGGAUGAAAGUGGUCACACGCCGGCACUGUCCUGUGCACCCAACCACCGAGUGGCUGACUGUCUAGCCAUCAUUCUGGCUCACAUGCCAUACAGCAUUACACCCAACAACACGCUGAACCGCUCGGUCAGACUUGAUCACAUCCAUCCAUGUUUCGGCAACCGUAACCUGGACUUGAGUGACCAGAUAUCGGGAGGCAGUCCGGCGGGUAGUAUACAUGAAAAGGAUUAUUCCGGCUCUGUGCAGAGUUCUGAUUCAGAGUUCUACUAAAUCAUGUCUGCAGUGACUGUCAGUAAAAUAGGCAUGCGCAGUGUGUACAUUGGCUGCAUGAACUGUGUGUGAUAUAUCGGUUGUACGGUGAACGGAGAAACAGAGUGUACCUAGGGUGUGAAAGACAGUGCUGUGAAGAAAAUAUAAAAGUAAUAAUCUACCUAUGGCAGUGCUCUCGUGCUGAAAAUUAAAGAAGGGCAACCCCAGACAAAAGGACAUAACUUCGACCUUCAUAUUUGUUGCUUACUCCUCUUGAGCUAGUGGACUAAAAUAAUUCACUCGACACAUUAAAUGUUGAUAGCCACAUCUCAGUUUAUUUUUUCAGUGUUCUGCAUAAUACUAACAACUAUUUAUGCAACUCACAAGUGCUGUGGUCAAUUUAACACAACAUAUCUAAUAUCUAAUUCAAAAAGUAACUUCAGAACUACACCUUUCGUUGCAUACAUGCAUAUAUUAUAAUUACUCGCAAAUCGAUAGGCAGUCUCGUCAAAAUGUGUUUGAUUUUAAUUUAACAUUUGCUGCCUUCAAAAUUUAUUUUUUUAACUACAUGUGCAUUUUAUUGUAUUUUUAAAAUAUGUAUCGGGGCUCAAAGUUUGAAAAAUGUUUUAGGAGCACUGUGCUCCUAACAUUCUAAUUUUAGGCGCACAGUUACAUAUUUUAGGAACACUGAGGAAUAAGUUUGGAGCACUGAUGAAUAUUCAUAGGUCCACAAAGUACAUAAUUUGUACGUUCCUGGAAGGGGGACGUUGGUCAUCAUGUACAAAAUGCAGACAGGGGCACUGGCAUAGGAAGCGGAGGGGAAGGGGGCAUGUGCCCCUCACUUUUCAGAUAUUUUGCUUUAUGUUUGCUUUAUAAUAGUGUAAAAGUGUGCCCCCCCCCCCCCACACACACACACUUUUUGGUAUCUUCCUACGCCACUGAGGGAGGAGUGUUUCCGAGAGAGAUUUUUCAAACUGGUAAAGAGAGCAAUUCUGAGUAGAAAUUAAACAUAUAAUCCGUAAUAAAGAUGAAAAAAACAACCUAUUUGUAAACAAAUUAUGGGGGGACCAAAACAUGUCCCAACUCUGACUCCCCAGAUUAUCAAUGAAUACUAUAGUAGUUAAUUGUAAACUAUAGCAGAAUGUAAUGAUUAUAGUUCUACCAGUACUUCUUAAUAGCUAAUUUAUUCUUUGAUAUUAAUGAUAUAAAACAUCACAAUUGAAACAAUAGAGUAAAUACAAGUUUAUUAACAACAAAGCUUCCACGACCAUCAGAAUGACGGUAACUGUAACAGUUCUCUCCUUCAUCUUCUACGACGGUCACAUGAUGCCGAAUUAUAAAUAUUGGCCAAUCAUCAGUCGCUAAUCGAUGAAAAGUACACGUAUCUGGGUCAGAACUUUCCAGACAUUGACGUGAGGAUCAGAUCGUAUAUAGACAUUACAAUUCAGGUUUUGCGUUAAAAUUAAAGUAAAUGUAACAAUGCCACGUGCAUUGUGUUACACUUGCUUUUAAACUAAAGGUCUUUAAAAUCGUGAACGUGUUUAAAAGUCGACUUGCAAAUGGAGCCACGUAGAAAAUACAGCCUAUUUGUAAGAAACGUCUUGAUGACGUCACCAGACCAAGCAUUAUGAUUCUGUUGUGAAUCACGUGCAGAUUAACAAAACGUUGGGUCACUUGGCUAUAACUUAAGACUACGAAUUUCAUAGUAUGCGUCAAUGCAGUGGCCACUUUCCAACCAGUAAAACUAGUUAUUUUGUUUGGUCGCACUCGUGCGACUUGGUAGUAAUUUUUGGUCGCACUCGUGAAAAAUUCAGUUGCAUAUGCGACCAGUUGGUCGAGAACUUUAUGCACUGUGUAUCAAUUGUAGACCUCGGUUAAACCGGUUUGCACAGUGAUGCAGCAGAAACCAACUCGGUGGUCUUUACCCAAUUGUUCACAGUGAAAUAUAGUUCACUUAGCACUGAGCUUGUACAGUGUGGACCGGAGCUGCAUUUGAUUUCACUGAGUGUAGCAACAUCCAUCACUUGGACUCUUUAGCCAGGUUCUCGUUCUAACCAGUGCACCACAACUGGUCUAAGGCCAUGGUAUGUGCUUUCCUGUCUGUGGGAAAGUGCAUAUAAGAGAUCCAUUGCUGCAGUAGGAAAAAUGUAGUGGGUUUCCACUGAUGACUACGAGUCAGAAUUACCAAAUGUUUGACAUCCAAUAGCCGAUGAUUAAUUAAUCAGUAUGCUCUAGUGGUGUCACAGUUGGGGUUUGCCGUUCAGCAGAGGCGUAAACCCAGCUGAUCUUACAAGAUGUGCAGGACUGAAUCAUGUGUUGAGUGUUCUUGGUGUUAGUCACCAGACAGCAGUGAUGAUACAUUCAGGCAGUACGUGUCAGUAUUUUGGUCUGUAUGCUGCCCUUUCCCUUAUAUAUACAUUUUAAUCUAUCUUAUCUACAAUUAUUGACAUUUAAGUGCUAGCAUAAUUUCUUUCAAUAUGAAUUGUUUUUAAUCUCUUUAAGCUAAAUAUUUUUAUCUCAUAUACAUGUAUGUACUAAAACAUGAAUUCUUCCUGUGGAACUUGUAUUCUUUUGUCUGAUGUUUUCUAAGUUUCUAACUACCAACAGCUGAACUAAAUUGCUCAUUUAUAUGGAAAAAAUAUGAUAGAAAAUUGUAAUAUCAUAGCAGCAUGCCCUCCUUAAAUGGGUAAUGAGAACACUGCCUAGGUUAUAGUUAUGAGAUCUAUGGUAUAUAAAUAUGGUUUCAUCUGAUAUCUGGUAUAUAAAUGUGGUGUCAUGUGCUAUACUGUGUAUAAAUAUGGUGUCAUAUGUUAUACGGUAUAUAAAUAUGGUGUACCUGGAGAAAAAAAGAAUAAUUGUGCUGUAUUGUAAAUAAAAGAAUACAUAGAUUGUACCCAGGAUGUUAAAGGGUCACUUCCAUGCAUAAAGAAUAUGCUAUACCUGGGUAUGUAAUGGUCACUCUGCCAUAUAUUUUGUAUAUUUGUAUGGGAUAGGAGUAUACUGGCUAUGCAUUAUUAUGUACAUGUAUGUGUAAGACCGGUGCGUACAAUCAUUGUACAUACCAAUGUAUGCAUGGUGUAUGUAGUAUCUGUGAUGGGAUUAUACCUGUUUUAAAUAUAUAUACCUAUAUAUACAUAGGAAAUCCUUACAGGAUAAAAGAAAUCGUAAGGUGAUUUUUUAAAAAGAGAUGGCUGCUAAAUACAGUUUGAUUUGUGCUAUUGAUUUAAACAAUAUUUCUUGCUUUAAAAACAAUUAGCUGUCAAUCAAAUAAAACAAUAAUUAUAACUUGUUCCAAAUUUACCAAUCAAGUGGGGAAGUUUGUACAUUUUGCACACUUCAUGACAUUUUCUUUUCUGAUAAAGUUAAGAAGCCAGUUUUCUUAUUUAGUAACUGAUGGGAUGUUCCCCGGACAGCACUGCAAAUUGUAUGAAGAGCAUCUAAUCGGCUAUCUUGGAUAAUGUCUACUUAAUCGAAUAUUGGGAGAAUAAAUGAACUAUAUACAUUUCUAAUGACCUUCUAGAUAAUCUAUAUUUAAAGGAAUGGAGACAGUGUAUCAUUUUACAGGCUUUUGCAACAGUACUUUUUAUAUGAAAAUCCCAUUCUCCAGAUUUCUGGAUUGUGUUUGUAAAGUUCACAUUGUCUAGAAAUAAAUUUGGGUUAUUUCUGAGCUGAAUUUUUCGGCUAAACAUCUUAGUUUAGGUUUUAUGGGAACUAAAUUUAACAAGCCGCUUUUUAGCCCUCCUUUUAGUAUGCUCGAAAUCAGAAUUUAAAUUAUUACCAUAUACAUUAUGAUUUUCAAGUUGUAUAUAACUUAUCAGGAAAGAAUCGUAUAUUUGUAUGUAAUGAAAACAAGACAGGGUCUAGAACAGAACCUUGUGAAACACCAGCUGGAACAGUUUCUGAGAACCUCAAUGUUGAUCAGGCAUGAGAAUUUGCCCCGUUUUAGGGGCUGCCAAAACCAUUCCUGCAAUUUGUGCAAAUCUUAGAUCUUAAAAUGCCAUUACAGGGUGGUAGGGAUAGGAUGAUUAAUGGUGGUUUUAGGCCCAUGGUCCGAUGCACUGUUUUUCAAUUUUCUUUUUCAUCAAGAAACAAUUUCAAUAAUACUUUUUUUUUUAUUCAGGACCCCCUCUCUCUCUCUCUCUCUCUCUCUCUCCUCCCCCCCCCACGCUAUGCUUAAUGCACACACACAAACUAAACGGAAAAUUAUUUAUAACCCAAUUACAUUUAUUUACUGUCUGCAGUUCGUUUCAUGGGCUGGUCAAAUAAAUGUUUACAAAACAAAAAAACCCCAUAAUUUUAAAAAUCCUUCAAAAGCAGCAAAAACAUAACAGGAUAGUGCUAAAUAGGGGUAAAUAUUCUUAAUUUUUCUGGGAGAGGACCACCAUACCCCCCUCCCCUAUCAUGGGGCCGUUCCUUCAGUACUCUUCUCUUCAGGUUACGCCCUCCACACAAAUUCCUCGAAUUGCGUCGAUCUUCCAUUUGAACACAGAUUUGCAAUUUACAAUGAUUCAAAUAGACUCUUGAUUAUCUCAUUUUAUGAUAUGACUGAGCCAUACAACUAUGAUUAAAAUGGCUUUAGUACAUGCAGGUCUUUAAAUAAAACAUUCCUUCCUUCCUUUUUUCUCAUAAAAAGUAAACAAAUAUAAUAAUAAUAAAUAACUAUUUAUAACAAGAAUAGAUCAUUUGAAUAAGAUUUUUUAUUUUUUAUUUUUUUUGGUUUUAGAUAUUUUAGGCAAUCAGGCAGUUGAUAAAUGUGGACCUACUAUUCUUGAAAAUGUGAAAUAAAACAGUACAUUUAAUUUAUUUUUCAUGUUAUGUAGAAUUUCAGGAUCAAUUGAAUACACAUAACUGGUUUGCUGUCUUAAGAUAUCGAUUUUAUUCUGCUCUGUAGAAUGUGUAUGGUAGGAUAUACUACAAUCAUGAUACAUUAAUUUAGCAAAUAUUUAAAUUCCUGUAUAAAUAUAGGAUAAUAAAAACAGUUUCCAGUUAUUAUCAAAUUUAUGUCCCAAGUAAAAUAAUUUUUACUUGUCAUGAGCUUUAACAACAUAAAUUUGAUAAUAACUGGUACCGAGUUAGUUAUUACUUUGGCUAGUUUGUUUUUUCUAAAAGAUUUCAUUUUCAAUACAGGCCUACAUACAGGUUUAGGCCUGUAGAAAUGAUAUCAACCACUUUACAUACUGUUCUGAGUAUUACUAUAACUUUGUAUUUUAUUCACAUCUGGAGAUAUAUAUUUUUUUAAAGUUAUAUUUAUUCUCUUAAACAUUUUUUUUAAUGAUUUAUACUGAAAUAACAUUUUAUCACAAAUUUAACAAAACUGUAAGGUUUAAAGGCAAACUCUUUAAAUUAUGUGAUGUCAUUGUGUAUAUUUGCCAAAUUGUCCAGGAGAAAUUAUGAUUUUUAUUUCUCUGGUUGUAAGUGCCCACUGGGGUAACAAUACAUGUUAGGACCCCCCCCCCCCCCCCCCCCCCACACACACACACACACCACACCACACCUACUUCAGUAUCAGAUGUCUUUAUAUAGAAACCAAUAAUAUAUUUAUUCUUUACUGUUAUUUCAAACUGUUUAAACAUAAGUUCGGUCUGUUAACAUCAAUUCUUGAAACAAGACAUCAAAGGGUUUUUUAAAUAAAAGAAGAAAAAUACUAUUAAUACAGGUAGUCAGAAAGUCCAAAUUAAAAAAAAAAAAUUGUAAAUUUUUUUAUGUGUUAUAUUUUUUAUUGUUAUUUUUUUUUUUUGUGGUGUGCAAGUCCGAUUUCAGAUUUGGGUGGACCAAUAACAUGAGUUAAUUAUGCAUGUCGUUAAUAUCAUUCAUUGAAGUAUUAAAUGACAUAUUGAUACUGUUUGCUAACGACAGCAUAGUAAGGUACCAUCAGUUAACAAAAGCUUAGUACCAUUAGUUAAAGGUGAUGAUAGCUUUGUACCAUUAGUUGAAUUGCUAAUGACAGCUUAGUACACCAGCCUAAUUGUUAGUGAUACUUUCGUACCAUUAGUUGAAAUGUUAACGAAAGCUUUUUACCAUUAGUUGAAAUGUUAAUGAAAGCUUAGUACCAUUAGUUGAAUUGUUAGUGACAGUUUAUUAACAUUAGCAGAAUUGUUAGUGACAGUUUAGUAACAUUAGCAGAAUUGUUAACGACAGCUUUGAAACAUUGGUUGAAUUGUUAAUGACAGUGUAGAACCAUUAGUUAAAGAAUCAACAGUAAUUUCAAACUGUUAAAGUGUUCUGACAGCUUAAUACAGUUCUGCUAGUUGGAAACACCUUAGUAGAUUCAGGCACGGUGGAGCAUGGGGGAGGGGCUAGACCCCCCAAUAAUUCUGAAUCAAAAAUAUUAUUGGCAGUAAAUCUUAAGGCAGAGAUGAAUUUUACUUGUAGAAUGCAGGAAAUUGCAUUUCAGCACAUCUAGUUUUUAAAAUUUUACUGGGGAGCACAUCCCCGCACCCACUAAACCUUUCUUUGCAUCCUGGAUCUCAGUCAGCCCCAUCCCCCCAAAAAAAUGUCUACUUACUUCUGCAGUGCUUGAGAUUUAAUAUUGACCAUUUUAUGCCAUAGGUUAUUUUUAAAAAUGAAAUUAGUUUAAUGUUUAGCUUGCAUGGGAUGGCUUUGUAUAAUAAGGUGCCAUUGGUUAGUAAAUAUAUUUACAAGAGUCAUUAUACUGUACAUGAAUAUGUAUUGGAUAUGUUAUUUUAUAUUGUUAUUGCACGCAUGAAAACAUCUCUUGAAUGACUAAUGUAUAUUUUGGUAUUUGGUUCAAUGGAUGAAAGUGUAUUUUUUUAUAUAACGUUAUAAUCAAAACAAGCAAGUGUAACAUAAUUUGUAUAACAUAGCAUGACUUGAAUAAUUUGAGCAUAACACUAUGCAGUAUAAACAUGUUAUUAGAACCUAUUUGACUGUAGAUGUAUAUACAUGUACCUCUGUAUAUGUAUAUGAAUGUGUAUGUGUGUACAUGUGCAUGUUUGUUCAUGUGCAUGUGUAUGUCCAUUUGUCCGUCCAUCCAUCGAGGAUAGUUUUACUAAUUUUUUGUAAAGCGCAUGCUUUAUGCACAGUCGGUUUAGGAUUGAUCCCCAUCAAUAGGCCCAUUGGGCUAUUUUUUGUUCUAGCCUGUGCUCCACGACAGGUAUAUCAAAGGUUAUGGUGUAAAAGAUCCCUUGCUACUAAUGGAAAAA